AUGGGUCGCCCAUUGAACCUGGACGAUGUCGAGUCCAACCAGGACCAGGAUCAGAAUCGAUCUCACACCUGGCGCGAUUGGAUGAUCGUGUUCACGUGGAGUGUCGUGGGCUAUUUAGCUCUUAUAAUGACCGUCAUUGGAUACUUUGAUCCAUCGCUUUUACCAAUCGAUCCGGCGGCACUGCUGUUCAACAAGGAUAUCUCGCCGUUCUAUGCCUUUUCGCGCGGGGGUCAUUUCUCUAAGCCGUCAGGUUUGAAGAUCGUCGCUCUGGUCCCGUUUAAUAACUAUGAGCACACGUCCAUUCUGGAAUGUUAUCUGCAGAAAAACUUAAUUCAUAACCACGGCUUCCUCGACCAAGUCAUUUUCAUUCCUCAAACGAACGACGCUGCCAGCUUACACUGGCUCAAUUCUCUCGUCGAGGAAACUUCCGAAUAUGCCAUUUCGCCGGCUGGCAAGGAUAUGGAUUGGAAAUUUGCCAAGGAUAACGUCAUGUACAUCCGCAUCGACGGGGAUGUCGUUUAUAUGGAAGACCAUACGAUUCCAACGAUAGUCAAGACCAAGCUAGACAGUCCCGAUACGCUCAUGGUUUCCGCGAAUGUUGUCAAUGAAGGCGCUCUCGCUUCACUGCACAGUCACCGCGGCGUUUCUCUCCCUUAUCUGCCCGAGCUGGAGCAUACCUCGCAACCAUCUCGAUCAAAGUCUCAAUUGGAACACGACUGGCGGGCAUCGAGUCUGCCUUCGUGGACAGGACCGCAAGACUUCAAGGUGCGGAAGGACUUCAAGCCGCCCUUUGAGGGCCAUAGAUGGCUUCUUCCGCGUGAAUCGGCCACGGACCGUGAUCCGAUUGCUGGAUCGGUGUACACGGAGACCGGGCCCAGCAUGUCGGACUGGACGGUCGGUGCGCAGCAGCACUAUUCUUUCCUGCACCAUCUUGAACUGGAUGAUUUGGAGCGGUAUAAGUUUCCCUUGUGGGUCGAUCCUACCGAGCCUGUUACGAUCAAUUUUGGCUGUUUCUGGGGCAGGGAUGUCCAGGGUCUUCGGGAGGUUUUUGGUCAUAAGUCUAGUGAGGAACUUUAUCAAUCCUGGACUAAAGAGGAUGGCUCGAGGCCGAAUGUUACUAUUGAUGGGAAGGGCAUUGUUUCGCAUUAUUCGUCACGGCAGGGUGUGCAGGGGUUGGAUUCGACUGAUCUUUUGGAGAGGUAUCGGGCUUAUGCACAAGAGAGAGUCUGUCGUCAACAUACCGGGAAGACGCCUCGCAUGGAGGUUGAUUCAAGCUGA